AUGCCCACCAGGGCGGCACUCCCAUACUGGCUCUAUGUGAGGAGAGUGUUCUGGUUCCUCCACGUGCCGCAGCUCUUCUCCACCUGCGUGGCAUUCUCCUUGGUGGCUGACAUGGGCAUUUGGAGAGGGGACGUAGGUAACUGGUCCAUGUACUUCUGGUGCAUCUGUUUCAUUGUGACCCUAUUCAUAGCCAUAGUUGAGGUAAAUGAUCUCCAGCCUCGCUUUCCUUUCUACUGGUACAACUUUCCCGUCACCUUCGCCUGCUACGCAACCCUCAUCUGCCUCUCAGCCUCCAUCAUCUACUCCAUCACCUACGUCCAGUUCCUGCCUGAUGGCCCUGAGUGGGACCGGGCCAUCACUGCCACUGCAUUCUCCUGCGUCGCUUCAGUGCUUUAUGCCAUAGAAAUGGCAGGUACAUGGAACUUCUACAAGCUCAAAGAGAUCCCCUGCUACAUGCACACCGUGCCCGGCCUUCUGAACGUGCUGGAGACCUUCGUGGCUGGUGUCAUCUUUGCCUUCCUCAGCAACACCUCCCUAUACCUGCACCAGCCAGCCCUGGAGUGGUGCGUGGCUGUGUACUCCAUCUGCUUCAUCCCAACAGCAGUAACCAUCCUGCUGAAUCUGGGCAAAUGGGAGAACAGGCUGCCCAUCUUCUUCCCCAUUUUCCAACUUGUGCUCACCGUGCUCUUCGUCCUCCUCUACAUCAGUGCUCUUGUCCUCUGGCCACUCUACCAGUUCAGUGAGGAGUUCGGCGGGCAGCCCCAGCGGUCCAGUGAUGUGAGCUGCAUGGAUGACCUCAUGUGUGCCUGGGACCAGCGCCUGGCUGUGGCCGUCCUGACAGCCAUCAACUUGCUGGUUUACGUGGCCGACCUGGGGUACUGGGCCCACAAGGUCUCUGUAGAGAUUGAGGAGCAGUCUAGAAAGCCCUGA